AUGGCCUUCCGACACAAACCCUUGGACAAGGCCAACUCCAUCCGUCUUUUCACAUUGCAUCCCGGCAAGUUCAAUGAUGAGCUCGUCGGAGUCACCAGCGUUUGGAACUUCCCUGGAAGUGACUGUCCCGAAUAUACCUUCCUCUCCUACACAUGGAACGACACGUCUGACGCCGCGGCAAGUCUGCCGUUGGCCAUGUCUGACCAAGACUGGAACCGACAGGAAAACUCGCGGACAAUCACGAUCGACGACCAGCCGUUCAAAAUACACCACAAUCUUGCCCUCGCCCUGCUAUACUUACGCUCUCAAACAUCCGAAAACUACGCCCAAACCUGUCUUAUGCCCGCCAUCGUGACCGAGGCCGGAGCCGUCAUCGCUUGGCUCGGGCCUGAUGAGCCUAGGCUAUACCAGGCAUUGGAGUCCGACAACGACAAGUGGAACCGCAUGAGAAUCAAUUGGAAUAACGGCAGAAUCAAAUUCCUCCCGGCCAUCAUGCACAAAGUGGGCGGGUUCGAGGUCAAAACAACCCCUCGGCAUUGCGUCCAGACCAUGGCCCUUGAACGGAACGACUACUGGAACCGCCUUUGGGUGCUUCACGAACUGUGUAAUGCCAAGAGAGUCUUCUUCGUUUGCGGAAAGAAUGUUUGGCGCGAAGAAGAUCUCGACAGCUACACCCAUUUCUUUGGCGGACGUCCAUUCGCGUCCACCCUGAAUGGGCGCAGACACAAAGACAGGAGGUUACCUCUGGAAAGCCUUCUGCUCAAGUACCAUUCAUAUGAGUCCCGUGAGCCGCUCGACCGGGUUUACGCUUUGAUCGGUCUGUCUUCUGACACGAUCGCGACCGGUCCAGGUCUAGACAUCGACACCGCGAAUUCCAACUCCAACGUUCCCGAGACCGGUACACCCCUCACACGCGUGACCGUCGAUUAUAGGAGAACCCAUUACGAGACCUGGAAGGACUUGGUCCGAUGCAAAGUCGGAACAGUCACCGACAUGACACAUGUUGGAGAAUCUGAAGAUGGGCCAAGAAUCAACAUUGUUCGCUUCGCGGCCAUCAUCCAAAACGCACUUGGUCGUCUUGAUUACGAAGGCCAUCUUGAAAAGCUUGAGACCUCCCCGUAUCUGACGCGCUUUUCGAACAACUGCAUCAUCGCAAAGGGCUACUUUGCUGGAUACGUCCAUCUCGUCGGACCAAGCUAUAAGGAAAUCGCCCUCGCUCAUGAUCAACAAACCCCGCCGGAUAACUUUCCGGUCUACCACGAAAAGCAUGAGGACGCCAAGUUUCGAGCCUUCGUACAUAAGUACACUACACAACUGAUCACCUCCCGCAGGCUUGAGCGAACCGCGUCGUCAAACUCAGAUGACGGGCUCAGUUUCCUUGACCAACACCGCGGUUGGGUCUGGAGCGAAGGCAUGGAGAACAACGAUUUCAAAUUCACACAGGCGUGUUGCAUGGCAGCUAAAGCUAAGAAGCUGCCAAGCAUACAGAAUGGCGAUCUCGUGCGCUUCACCGGCACCGACCACAGCGUCGGCUUCGCUUCGUCGGCGGCCGGUAUCGAGGAGGGGGAUCGCAUUGUUGCGUUCCAGGGUUGCCACGUUGGCUUCAUCGUCCGCUCGCUCGCCUCUUCUUCCUACCUGCGAAUCAUAAGCCAGGUCCACGUCGAAACCGCGCACCGGACGGUACGCCUCAUGAACCACCACGGGGGCGACUACCGCUUUCCCGGUUAG